CCCACACAUCUCAGUAUUAGUUUAUAUAAAGACCCACCAAAACCCCCUUUUUCACUUUCCAAAUUUCACUUCCUCCAACUCAAAAAAGAGAGAAAAGCUAUACAACAAAACUAGGUAUAGAGAGAGAAACCCUACAAAAUCAAAAGGAACAAGAGACGAAGAUGAAGAAGAUCCAGCUUGGAUUUCGUUGUUUAUCAUUACUACUCUCUUUCUUCUUCUAGCUAGCUAGUUUUUUUUUUUGACAACUAAACAAGAAAAAAGGUCAACUUAAAGAAAAGAUCUGUUCUUAGAUCGAUCAGUAUAGUCUCUUGACUAUCUUCUUACUUUUGAUCCAGUUCGACCAUUGAAUCAUAGAUCAUGGAUCCAGUGCAAUCUCAUGGAUCACAAAGCUCUCUCCCUCCUCCCUUCCACGCUAGAGACUUUCAAUUACAUCUCCAACAGCAACAACAAGAGUUCUUCCUCCACCAUCACCAGCAACAAAGAAACCAACCCGAAGAUGAUCAACAAGGAGGAGGACUAAACAGACAAAUCAAGAUGGAUCGUGAGGAGACAAGCGACAACAUAGACAACAUCGCUAACCACAGCGGUAGUGAAGGUAAAGACAUAGACUUACACGGCGGUUCAGGAGAAGGAGGCGGUGGUUCUGGAGGAGAUCAUCAGAUGACAAGAAGACCAAGAGGAAGACCAGCUGGAUCCAAGAACAAACCAAAACCACCUAUUAUUAUCACUCGUGAUAGCGCAAACGCGCUUCGAACCCACGUGAUGGAGAUUGGUGACGGCUGUGAUUUAGUCGAGAGCGUUGCAACUUUCGCACGCAGACGCCAACGCGGCGUUUGCGUUAUGAGCGGUACUGGAAACGUCACGAACGUCACCAUACGUCAGCCUGGAUCUCAUCCUUCUCCUGGCUCGGUCGUUAGCCUUCACGGAAGGUUCGAGAUUCUCUCUCUCUCAGGCUCUUUUCUCCCUCCUCCUGCUCCUCCUACAGCCACCGGUUUGAGUGUUUACCUCGCCGGAGGACAAGGACAAGUCGUUGGAGGAAGCGUCGUUGGUCCUUUGCUGUGUGCUGGUCCUGUUGUUGUCAUGGCAGCGUCUUUUAGCAAUGCCGCGUACGAGAGGUUGCCUUUAGAGGAAGAUGAGAUGCAGACGCCAGUUCACGGCGGUGGAGGAGGAGGAGGAUCAAUGGAGUCGCCACCGAUGAUGGGGCAACAACUGCAACAUCAGCAACAAGCUAUGUCGGGUCAUCACGGGCUACCACCUAACCUUCUUGGUUCGGUUCAGUUGCAGCAGCAGCAUGAUCAGUCUUACUGGUCAACGGGACGACCACCUUAUUGAUCAAAAUAUAUUUAAGACACACACACUCAUCAUCUUGGUUAGCUAGCUAACGAAGAAUCAUGAGUUCAGUGGAUAUAUAUGAUUGAAAGGGGUUAGCUUAUGAACAUUAAUAAGACUAUAUAUGGAUUUAGUCGACGAAGAUCAUCAAGAAUCAGGAUUCAAUCGAGCUUCAUUAUGGGUCAACGUUCAUAAGAUGAAUCAGGUUCUUUUUUUUUCUUAAAUUUUUAUCUUGGUUCGUUUUUUAGUCCAUAGAUCUUUCUAUGAUGAUUUGAGUAACACUUUUCUUUAUGUAUUGGUUUUCUCUGAUGAAUUAUCAUUGCUAGUUUGCAUUUGAUUUGUGUGUGUCGUUGGCUCUCUAAGUAUGGUUUUUUAUCAACAUUUCAUGGUGUUUUUUCGACAAUUUUUAUAGCUCGUAACAAACUAAAUAUGGAACUAUUUAGAUA